UCACCGGUGGAGGUCGGAUGUCGCCUGACCGGAUGAUAACGAGAAGUUUUGUUUUGUGAGUUUACGAACGACUGAGCCUCAAUCAGCACACGUAUAUGAAUGAAUGCGCCGUAAUACGCGUCCUCUGCCUGUCAGCGAGUGUUUUCUGAGUUAUUUGCCUUUGACAGACUGAUCUGGAAGUGUUUGGAGGGUGGAAAUCGAACACUUGAAAGUAGCCCGAGCGCCUUGCUGCCGCGAGCCCGUUCCUGCGCGCUGAGAGACGGUCAGAAACCAUGGGCAACCGGGGGAUGGAGGAUUUGAUCCCCCUGAUCAAUAAACUCCAAGAUGCUUUCAGUACCAUUGGCCAAAGUUGUAACUUGGAUCUGCCGCAGAUAGCCGUGGUUGGAGGACAGAGCGCCGGAAAAAGCUCCGUGCUGGAAAAUUUCGUCGGCAGGGAUUUCCUUCCCCGAGGCUCAGGCAUAGUCACACGCAGGCCUCUCAUUCUGCAGCUAGUUAACAACAUAGCUGAAUAUGCGGAAUUCUUGCACUGCAAAGGGAGGAAGUUUGUUGACUUUGAUGAAGUCCGGCAGGAAAUUGAAGCAGAGACCGACAGGAUUACCGGGUCCAAUAAGGGCAUCUCUCCAAUUCCCAUCAACCUGAGGGUUUACUCGCCACACGUAUUGAAUCUGACUCUCAUCGAUUUGCCCGGAAUGACUAAGAUUGCCGUGGGCGACCAGCCGCCAGACAUCGAGCACCAGAUUCGAGACAUGCUUAUGCAGUUCGUCACAAGGGAAAGCUGCCUGAUCCUCGCCGUCACCCCGGCCAACACUGACCUGGCCAACUCAGACGCUCUCAAGCUGUCUAAGGAGGUGGACCCUCAAGGACUGCGUACCAUUGGUGUGAUUACUAAACUGGAUCUAAUGGAUGAGGGUACAGACGCCCGGGAUAUCAUGGAAAAUAAACUCUUACCACUGCGUAGAGGUUAUAUUGGCGUAGUAAACCGUAGUCAGAAAGACAUAGAUGGCAGGAAGGACAUUCGUGCUGCACUGGCAGCAGAAAGGAAGUUCUUCCUGUCCCAUCCCAGUUACAGACACAUGGCUGAACGAAUGGGAACACCACACCUGCAGAAGACCCUCAACCAGCAAUUGACCAACCACAUCCGGGACACGCUACCCGGCUUGCGCAGCAAACUCCAGUCUCAGCUUCUCUCUCUGGAAAAAGAGGUGGAAGAGUAUAAAAACUUCCGCCCAGAUGACCCUACGCGAAAAACCAAGGCCCUACUGCAGAUGGUCCAGCAGUUUGGAGUGGACUUUGAGAAGUGCAUCGAGGGCUCCGGAGACCAGGUGGAUACGGCAGAGCUGUCCGGAGGUGCCAGGAUUAACCGAAUUUUCCAUGAGCGCUUCCCAUUUGAGCUGGUGAAGAUUGUGUUUGACGAGAAGGAGCUCCGGAGAGAAAUCAGUCAUGCCAUUAAGAACGUCCAUGGCGUCAGAACUGGGCUGUUCACUCCAGAUCUGGCGUUUGAAGCCAUCGUGAAAAAGCAGAUCAUUAAGCUGAAAGAGCCCUGUCUGAAAUGUAUCGAUCUGGUUAUUCAGGAGCUCAUCAACACAGUCAGGCAGUGCACCAACAAGUCAUUUCCAUUGGAUACCAAGCAUAUUUUUGCAAUCUUCAACACCGAGCAAAGGAACGUGUAUAAGGACUUGCGUCAGAUCGAGCUGGCCUGUGAUUCUCAGGAGGACAUGGACAGCUGGAAAGCGUCUUUUCUCCGAGCAGGCGUUUAUCCUGAGAAAGAUCAGGUGGAGUCAGAAGAGGCCACUCCAGUUGACAGCUUCUCCAUGGACCCUCAGCUGGAGAGGCAGGUGGAGACCAUUCGUAACCUGGUGGACUCCUACACUGGUAUCGUCAACAAGACCAUCAGAGACCUCAUGCCCAAGACUAUCAUGCAUCUCAUGAUCAACAACGCGAAAGACUUCAUCCACUCCGAGCUGUUGGCCUACCUGUACUCCUCAGGAGAUCAGAACAGUCUGAUGGAGGAGUCUGCUGACCAGGCCCAGCGCAGAGACGAGAUGCUGCGUAUGUACCACGCCAUAAAAGAGGCCCUCAGCAUCAUCGGUGACAUCAGCACCAGCACUGUGUCCACUCCUGCACCUCCGCCCGUCAACGACAGCUGGAUUCCAGAGAAUAGCCCCACCCCCCAGCACAGACCGGCUACAUCGGCCCCGCCCCCCAGCAGACCUCCA